AUUUUUAGAGGAGAAAAGAAAGUUUCCUUUUUGAAAAGGAUUGUGAAGUAUAUUACAGGUAUAAUGUCCCACCACCAUUAAAGUUAACGCGGAAACCAUAAAAAAGGUUCCUUGAUUUGGAUUGGAUAAGAAACCACCACGUAAAUUCGUGAGUCCAAGUCUCCCCUACAAAACGAAAUGGUCCCAUCAAAACCAUGCCCCAUUUUCUCAUUUCACCAUUUAAUCAUGCCACACUCUUUGCCAAAACAAAUGCCAAAUUUUCCACAUCCAUAGAACACUACUUCACCCCCUCAAUACCUUAAUUUCUGUUCCACCAAUGUCUCCUCCUAAAACCCCAGAUGUCGGUGAACCCAAACAUCCCCUAGAAGAACAUCAUAGACAUGUUGUUCAUCUAGCGUUGGUUUUGACAGCAUGCAUAGUUGGCGUGUUCAUGUUUCUCUUCACCGUCUCCACACUCAUAAGGUACUUUUAUUCCAGGAGAUAUAACCGCAGACCCAAUGGAACAAGAGACACGCCCAUAUUGUUCGAUUUGAACGGAGAUUCUCCCACUGCGAACAACGACGAUGACGUGGCGGCGGACCAAGAUGACGACUUGGCGCCGGUCCACCACGUGUGGUACAUCCGCACCGCCGGUCUCCAACAGUCGCUGAUAGACUCCAUCACCGUCUUCAAAUACAGGAAAAACGAAGGAAUCAUAGACAGCUCCGAAUGUUCCGUGUGCCUCGGGGAGUUCCAACACGACGAAACCCUCAGGUUGUUGCCCAAGUGCAGCCACGCGUUCCACGUGCCUUGCAUUGACACGUGGCUCCGGUCGCACAAAAACUGUCCCCUGUGUCGCGCGCCUGUGGUCCACGAUGAAACUGGAGCCGUCGAUCAGAAUGUUCAGAUUGGUUCACACGUGUCUGUGUCUGAUCAUCAGAAUCAGAACCGUGAGGUUCCGGCGGAGGAUUCUGAUGAUGGGGCUGGAUUAGAAGAUGGUGGUGGUUCUGGUGAGUCCUCCGGUGGAACAGAAACGCAGCCUCUGAGAAGAUCGGUUUCGAUGGAUGUUUCUUCUGCUUCAAAUUCAAUGCUUCGUGAUGUGGGAGUGGAUAUAGACACCCCUUAUGGAGAAAAAGUGAGUUCCAGUAAGAUUCAUAUGAGUAUCACAGAGAAACAUGGAAGUUCAAGUUCAAGUUCAAGUUCAAGUUCAACCACGAUUCACAAGUUGGCUUCAUUUGGACGUGCGUUGCAAAAGGGACCAGUCUCAAUGAGAAGAUCGUUUUCACAUAACAGGAAAUUUUUGUUCUCCACACACUACAGGAGUCAGAGUUCUACUCUUCCAUUGUGAUGAAGGGAUUUUGUGGUGUGUAAUGAAUGUGUUCCUUUACAGACAAAACUAUGCUUCAGAUUUACCCUUAUCAAUAUGCUAAACGUAUAUGGCUGCUAUAGAAGUAUAGUGAUACAAAACAUUAUACGAAAAGUUUGAGAGUUUUGACCACUGUUUUGUCUCAUGCUACAUGCUCUCUUUUUUGUUCUAUAAAAUUUCAGAUGAAACCUUCCCUUCGUGAUCG